UACAGAAGGCUCAACUCACAGAGGAGGAGAGAGAAAGAAGAGAGAGAGAGAGAGAGAGAGAGAGAGAGAGAAAGGGAGAGGGGGAUUUAGAUCAGAAGCAGCAUUUUCGUCGUCUUCGUCUCAGAGAGCCACGAGCGCCUCUCUCUGGCAAUCUCAGAGCAAUGCCUGCUCUUUCACUCAAUUUCAUGCUCUCUUUGUUUCCAGAGAGACACAAUUAGAGAGAGAGAGAGAGGGAGCAGGAGAUUUGAAAAAAAUUGAGCAGAUUUUGGUCAUUUUUUCUCAAUCUUUUGCAGGACACCGGUUGGAUCUUCUCCUCUCUUGAAUGCUGAAAAUUCCUCAACAAAAACCUGAAAUGUUGAUCUAGCUCGAAAACCUAGGGUUUCUUUGAGAAAUCGGUGGAAAAAAUGGCUUCUUGGGAUCAACUAGGCGAGCUCUCUAAUGUUGCGCAGCUCACUGGCCUCGAUGCUGUUAAACUUAUCGGAUUGAUCGCUCGGGCAGCGAAAACUGCUCGAAUGCACAAGAAAAACUGCAGGCAGUUUGCUCAGCACUUGAAAUUGAUUGGUAAUUUAUUAGAACAGCUCAAGAUUUCUGAGCUUAAGAAGUAUCCGGAGACCCGGGAGCCAUUGGAGCAGCUUGAGGAUGCGUUGAGGAGGUCUUACAUACUUGUUGAUAGCUGUCAGAAUCGAAGUUAUCUUUAUUUGUUGGCUAUGGGGUGGAAUAUUGUUUAUCAGUUUAAGAAGGCUCAGAAUGAGAUCGAUCGGUAUUUGAAGAUUGUUCCGUUGAUUACCCUUGUCGAUAAUGCUCGCGUGAAGGAGAGACUGGAAUACAUUGAAAGGGAUGAACGUGAAUACACUCUGGAUGAAGAGGACAGAAAGUUCCAGGAUGCUAUACUAGAUCGUGAUCCUUCUCGAAAUCAUACAGUGGUGCUUAAGAAGUCUCUGUCCUGUUCUUAUCCAAACCUGCCGUUUGAUGAAGCCCUGCAGAAAGAAAAUGAAAAGCUUCAGAUGGAACUUCAACGAUCACAGACCAUUGAUCCUGGUCAAUGUGAAGUAAUUCAACAUCUGAUUGGGGUGACACAAACUGUUGCCAGUGCUCUCCCAGAGAAAAGUGGUCCACUAAAAAAACCAACCAAACUAGAAUCAGUUUGUUCGGAUGCCGAUAAUGGCAAAGGGCAUUCUUUAGAUGGGAAAUAUCUUGGUCAAAAAAGUGAUACUAAGUCGUCGUUAAGAUAUGCUUCCUCUGUUUCUUCAGGCCAUGAUUUGAUAUCAGACAGAGGAUCACACAGGCAUGAUGAAUGGCAGUUUGAUCUACUGGAUUGCUGUUCAGAACCAGGCUUAUGUAUGAAGACUUUAUUUUACCCUUGCGGAACAUUUUCAAAGAUAUCUUCGGUUGCCAAAAACAGACACAUCUCAUCAGGAGAAGCCUGCAAUGACCUGAUGGCUUAUUCAUUAAUAUUGUCUUGCUGCUGUUACACCUGCUGUGUCAGGAGGAAGCUCCGUCAUAUGUUAAACAUCACGGGAGGGUUUUGUGAUGAUUUCUUGUCACACAUGAUGUGUUGUUGCUGUGCCCUUGUUCAAGAAUGGCGAGAAGUGGAGUUUCGUGGAGUUCGUGGUCCAGAGAAGACUAAAACGAGCCCUCCCCCUUCUCAGUAUAUGGAACAUUAACUGCCAAUUGCGAGCUGCUUGCAAUUUGCUCUGAGUUCGAAGUCGGUCAAAAUCUCAUCGAUCAGAUAGACCGAUACCAAAAGUAGUAGCAGUUUGCACUAGCCAUUAAGAUUUUAGAGUUGUUCCUCUGUAAAUUCCGUAAUUCUCAUUUUCUGUAUCAUACGAACCUUGAUCUACAGUAGAAGAGUGUUUCUCGAACCCCGCCAUGAUAUAGUUCUGUGAAUGAAGCCCUUUUUUAUUUUUUCCCUGUGUUCGCCAUAGAGAAUUUAAAUGCUUGUUGUUGCUUGUAUUAAUGCUUACACGAGUGCGUUUUAUUCAAAAACUGAUCUUGCAUCAGAUAUAGAGGUGUAGAUGGAUCAAUGUCCUUGCCUGUACGCAAAUGGUCAAAAGUUUAUC